AUGUUUUUUUUUUUUUUAUCCAAUUCUCCCUUCUUUUUCUUCUAUCAUUCAUUUGUUCCUUCAUUUUCAUUCUUUACCCCUUCCUUUUUUAUUUCUUUGCUCCUUCAUUCCUUUCUGUUUUUUUUUUCUUUCUUUCUUUUUAACUCCUUUCUUUCUUUGUCAUUCCUUAUUCGGUCUUCCUUUUUUCAUUCACACUUUUUACUACUUCCUUCCUUCCUGAUCUUCUUAGGCUCUGCUUCAUUCUAUUUUUCAAUUAUUUUCCUUGUUUUUAACUUUUUCUCUAAUUCUUUCAUUUCUUCUUCACAUUCUUCUUUCUUUUCCUUGCAAACAUCAUUUCUUUCACCAUUUAUUUAUUUAUUUUUUUUUUUUUUUUUUUACAUCAUUUUCAUUCACAAAUCUUUUACUUUCCUUCCUUUUUACCUUUUCAUUCACGCAUUCAAAUUUUUCUAUGCACUCCUCCAUAACUUCCCCUUCCUUACCAAACUCUUCAUUCUUAAUUUUAUCAAUCGAUUUUUCUCCCUAUUCACCUCCUCCUCUCCAAACACACCUCUUUUCCAUAUCUUUCUUUCUUCCUUGUCUCAUGACAAUCAAUUUUUUCCACCUUUUUCUCUUUUAUUAUCCUUAUAG